AUGAUUGCAGAAUUGCUUACCUUGAUCUCUUUGCCAGUGAGCGGCUUCAUCCUCUUUCUGUAUCGCAACUACUACAACGACGUCUACAAACGCUUCCAGGUUAUUCUCAAGUCUCACAAGCUGAGCAACACGCCCGAGGUACACGAUCCAAUUGUGCUUCAGGUUCAAAGUGGUCAAAUCCCUUCUUGGUUGAACGGCAUCAUGUAUCGUAUUGGUCCAGGCAGAUUCAACAUCCAACGGGACGAUGGUUCCAUUUUCAGCAUUCGCCACGCAUUUGACGGUUUGCCAUUCAUGCAUCGUUUUGAAGUCGAUGGCUCCACUCAGACCCUCAAAUACAACUCGCGUAUGCUAGCUAAAUCUUUGGAAACCAAAAUCAAGAGCAAGGCAUCCAAAGGGCUCAUCUUCUUUGGUCAUAUCCCCGAGAUGACGUUUCCUGUAUGGCUUUACAAUUUUUAUAUUCGCUUCAACAACUUAAUUCUGUUUCCCAAAUCCAGACAUGAUGGUCGUCCUGAUGGCCAAGCAGUAGGCGUCACUGUUACUCCUAACUUUCCCUUGCCUGCGAGAAUCAAAAAGACAGAUAACGAAAAUGUGUUGGUGUCUAAAACAGAUGCGAAUGUGCUCCAAAAGAUUCAUGCAGAGACCUUGGAGCCACAAAACAUAUUCAAUUACACGUCGUAUGAUGCCCGCAUUAAAGGUCAAUUAUCCGCUGCUCAUCAUCAAUACGACCCCAACACGAAGGAAAUAUUCAACUUUGCCCUGACAACUGGUCCUGUCCCUAGACUCGUCGUUUUCAGUACCUCAGAAGCUGGAAAAGUGACCAUUAUGGCUGAUUUCACUCAUCGCAAAGACAAGUCUCCUAUCCAAGCACCCUAUAUUCAUUCUCUCUGGUUGACGGAAAACUAUGUAAUUAUUCCUGAAUCGCCUAUGGUGCUCAAGGAUCGCGGUGCCAAUAUGCUGAUGAAUGGCUCCUUCUUGUCCAGUAUCUCUUGGGUCAAAGAUACACCUACCUACUGCCACGUCAUUGCCCGUCAUCCUGCGCAAGAAAAGGAAGGCCUCGUUGCUUCUAUUCCUGUCAAUCCUGGCUUCUUCACCUUCCAUGUCGGCAAUGCUUUCGAGGCCAAGAAUGAAUCCGGAGAGACGAUACUGACCAUGGAUGCCGCUUCCUUCUGCGAUGGCGAUAUCAUGCAUCAGUUACACAGUUUCGGUACGCCUCAUCGCAAAGGAUCUGCUGCAAAAAAAGUAAAGCAAACUACGUUGAAUGGCAUCUCGAAUCCUCCUCGGCAACAAUCAGGAUUUGGCGAUCUGGUUCGCUACAAACUCAAUCUGGAUCAGUCUACUACGCUUUCUAUUGAUACACUCGCUAAGAAUGUCGAAUUUCCUCGAUUCAAUCAAGACUAUGCUUUGAAGAAAGAAAAUCGUUUUGUAUAUGGCUGCCAGUUGGAAGGCUUCACUGAAAAGAAAGACGAAACGGGUGGACUCAUCAAAGUGGAUUUGACAGGUCAAACUAAACCACUCACCUUUUUCGAGGAGGGAUUCAAUUGCUCUGAGCCCAUUUUUGUACCUAACCCUACGGGCAUCAAGGAAGACGAUGGCGUAUUACUAAGCUUGGUGAACAACUUUGAUUGCUGUUAUUUCAUUGUUUUUGAUGCAUCUAACUUGAAGGAACUGGCCAGAAUCAAGAUUGGUCAGUUUAUCGCUGUUACCUUUCAUGGCUCUUAUGUUGACCAUGAAUUUAAGUCUAUCAAUAUUAAUUGA